GCUGUGCCGGUCCCCCUGCGGUAGCGCCGGCCCGGUUGGGGCUCGCUGAUCCCGGUCCCGCUCCCGCUCCCACCCCGCUGACCCCCGCAUGGUCAAGCAGAGCCCUGCGGAGCCGCAGGCGGCGGCGCCGAGCGGCGCGGCCCGCGGGAAGAGCAAGAAGAAGAGGAAGAAGAGGAAGGCCCUCGGGGCAGCGGCGGCCGCGUCCAAAGGCCCCGGCGUGGCGGCUGUGCGGCCCCCCCGCGACCCCCAGGAGUUCUCCUCCAACUGGAAGGCGCUGCAGGAGCUGCUGAAACAAAAGGCAAAUAACUCCAAGAAGCCCACCUCUACGGGUCAAACAGACGCCAAAAAGAAGCAGCCACUCAAAGCAGCCAAAAGCCCAGAAGUCCCAGCAGUCAGUGGGAAUGGGAAUGCGGUAAAGGCCAAAUCCACAAAGAAAAUGGACAAUGGCUCUGCUAAAGCCAGUCCUCCUUUGGCCAAGCCAGAGUCCAAGGGGGUUACAGCAAAUAAGAGCUUAAAUGGCACCAAAAGCAACGGGAAAGGCUGCAAAGAAAGAAAGAAAAAUGGCAUUGUGGUGAAGGAGAAGGAUGAGCUGAAACAUAAGAGGAGGAAAGCUGAGGAACACGUGGAGCAGCAGCCCAAAGAGGCUGACAUCUGGUUUGAUGACGUUGAUCCAAAAGAUAUUGAAGCUGCAAUAGGACCUGAAGCAGCAAAAAUUGCCAGAAAGAACCUGGGACUUGAAACAGAGCAAGCCCAGUCUGUGGAGAAGGUGCUGGUUAAGGAAAAGGCUUUUGAUGGGCUGACCAGAGCCGUGGCCAUGGACUGUGAGAUGGUGGGGGUGGGCCCCAAGGGCGAGGACAGCAUCCUGGCUCGGGUGUCCAUCGUCAACCAGUUUGGGAAGUGCGUUUAUGACAAGUAUGUCAAGCCCACGGAGAAGGUGACAGACUACAGGACAGCUGUCAGUGGCAUACGGCCUCAGAACAUAAACACAGGUGAAGACUUUAAAACGGUUCAGAAGGAAGUGGCUGAGAUCCUGAAGGGAAGGAUUUUAGUUGGCCAUGCCUUACAGAAUGAUCUAAAGGUCCUACUUCUUGAUCAUCCCCAGAAAAAGAUGAGGGACACACAGAGAUACAAACCUUUCAAACAGAGAGUCAAGAGUUCCAGGCCAUCCCUGAAGCUGCUCUGUGAGAGGCUGCUCAAUGUUCAGGUGCAGACAGCAGAGCACUGCUCGAUCCAGGAUGCACAAGCAGCUAUGAGACUUUACACCUUGGAGAAAAAGAAAUGGGAAGCUGCUGUUAAAAACAAAGCUCACAACAAAAAUUGUAAAACUUAAAAACAUGGGGUAGAAUCUUUCAUUUGCAGAAGUUGCUGGUUUGAUGUCACAUUCCAAAUUUAGAGAUAAGUCAGAACUGACAGCAGCUACUUCAUAAAAUCAAUCCAAAGACAAUGGUCCAAUAACCUGGAAGCACAGGAAUGCUGCUACCCAAGAAAGCCGCUGGGAUCCCUGUGGAGCGUCCCUGUGCCUGAUGCCUGCUGCUGUGUUCAAACAACCUUUGUGAAAAAGGCUUUGUAAUAAAUGCAGGUGGAAGAACUUCCUCAGUUAAAUUUCUUCAAUGGAAAUAGACACUGAAUAAGUUCAAAAAAAAAAAUUAUGAUAAAAAAAAAUUAUGAAGGAAAGAACUGUCAUUGCUUUGUCAAAACUCAGAGGAUUAAAAUCUUUAUUUCAAGUAUGUCGAGGGCCACUACAAGGUAAAUUGUUAAUUAUUGCUGUUAAUUACACUGUUGUGGUACCGAAACCAGCAAUAAAUACCUGUUUAUAUAUUA